UAACAACUAAUUAUAAACUUCAAUGUCCUUCUAGUGAGAAUAUCUCUGGUAAAAAGCGAUUUUUUAAACCUGUUUAAAGCCUCAAGACAUGGCAGAGUAUGUUGCCGACAAAUUUGAUGCUGCGAGGCAUUCCAUCACCGGCUCAAACGUCUCAAAAAUCGUCUGCAAAGCGUCAAGUCGUGAGACUUUUGGCCCGAAAAAAAAGCACCUCGAAUAUUUGAUAAGGUGUACCGAAUCUGACAAUAUAUCAGUACCAAGUUUGGCAGAACUGUUAUUUGAAAGAAGUCGUAUGUCAAGCUGGGUUAUCGUGUCCAAAUCACUCGUUACCUUUCAUAAUUUAAUGUCGGCUGGCAACGAGAGAUUUCUUCAGUACUUGGCAUCAAGAUCAACUCUAUGGAACUUAGAAAACUUCCUGGAUAAGUCCGGAGUUAAAGGUUACGAUAUGUCAACAUUUAUCAGGAGAUAUUCAAAUUAUCUGACAAAGAAAGCCCAUACCUACACAGAGACGGGUUAUGAUUUUUGCAGAGUUGCCCGUGGACAAAAUGGACUUAUUAGAAAGAUGGAUGGAUUAAAGCUUCUGAAAGCGCUUCCACAAGUCCAACAGCAAGUUGAUUCUUUAUUGGAAGUCGAUGUUCAAUCUAUUGAGCUGGGAAAUGGUGUGAUUAACAGUGCAUUUGUCAUGCUAUUCAAGGAUUUGGUGAAGCUUUUUGCGUGUUACAAUGAUGGAAUGAUCAACUUAUUAGAGAAAUUUUUUGACAUGAACAAGAAGAAUUGCAAAGAGGCUUUGGAAAUCUACAGAAAGUUUCUGUCAAGAAUGGAUAGUGUGAAAGAAUUCCUCAAGGUUGCUGAGGAUGUCGGAAUCAAUCCAUCAGAUAUACCAGAUCUUACCAAGGCUCCAAGCAGUCUAAUGGAAGCGCUGGAAAGUCAUUACCAGUCUCUUGAAAAAGGCAAAGUCCCCGUCGCUUCUUCAAAACGGCCCACCCUGCAGCCAAUCAACGUGCCUCCGAUAACGACGGAAAGUUUAAACAACCCAAUCAAAUUUGAGGAUUACAAAAAAGAGGAAUUGAUUAAAGAGGAAGAACAGAGACUCAAGUCAUUCAAGGAAGUAAAGAAGCAGCAGGAGGUGGUGUUACAGGCGGCUCCUUCCAGGCAGAUGCCAUCCAGUAGACAAGACGCGUGGAGUACCACAUUUGAAACAAGCAACGCAGCCAAUCACACGCCGAGCCAGGGCGCAAACAAUAAUAACGACUUACUUGAAUUACAUCAAGUCUUUUCUGCGCCCAAGCCUGCCGAUUCGUUCUCUCCAAAUUUCGGACAAAGCUCCGCGUUUCCUCCAUCCAGUGGACAACCUUUCAGUUCAGGGGGUGCUUUCGACACCGCUCAACCCAGUCCGUGGAGUCCUGGCCCCAAUCAAGCUAAUGCCGGUAGUAUGUUUGGUGGAGACCUGCUGAGCGGUGGGGGGCCUGGUGAGUUGCUGCAACCUAUGAACAAACCGCAGACACAGGUAAACCAAGCGACACAAAAUGGUGUGCAUAAAAAGGAUUUGGACUCCAGUCUUAAUAAAGUUGCACUCUCAAUCGACAACCUGAAUGUCUCUGGCAUCAGACCAGCGCCGGGUACGACGGGACGUGGUCACCAAUGGACGCCGCCAAAACCGACGGUAAAAACGGGGGGAGCGAAUUUCCAAAUGGGCUCCACCCUUGGGCCCAGCGUGCCACCCCCCGGAAUGCCAAUUCAAGCUGGUGCGCCGUAUGUACAACCCGGGAUGUAUGCGGGUCAACCCAUGGCGUACGGACAGCCACCCAUGAUGCAACAGCCAGGUGCAAUGCACACUAACCUCUUUCCCCAACAGAGAGUCCCCCCUGUGAAUGACCCCUUCGGCGGACCCGUCCCGGGUAACCAGCCAUUAUUUUAAUAGAUAAUGCGAUAAUUGAGCUUCAUAAUUAUAGUACAAUAAUACAAUUAUGUGGUGACCUAGAUAUGGGGGGGAGGGGACGGGGGCAAAAAUUCCCUGACGUAAAUUCGAAAAAAUUUCGAAUUCGAAAAGUGGAUACACUGUCUACGAUAGUUUCAAUGCUUUUCAAAAAAAUUUCAAUUUUUCCAAUCUUGUGGCGAAAUAAUUGACCAUCUCCCGAAUAAAUUUAAAUUUUGAACUACACGAAAAACCUCACAUGAGGUCUUGUAAUGUGGAAUUCGUAGGCAGUAAAUAAAUGCAUGUCAAAAUUAGUGAAACGAGUUUUUAUCGCAGUUCGCAAAUUUUGGUGUUUUCCAAAAGUAGUACUGCUUUUGCGCGUGUAAAAGUACUUAAUUCAUAUACUAAAUUUAUCGAGAUUCGUAGUUCAAAAUUUACCUUAACAGCGGAAUGGUCUAUUGUUAAUGAAUCAUUUGAAAGGAACACGAAAGCAUUGAAUGACUAAAUUUUAGUAGGGUAUUCCCGCCUAACUUUUCUAAUGUAUACGCAGUUUGUAUUAUGAAGCUCGUUUGGUAAAUUCAUGUGUAAUCGCGCGCGUGUAAUGCGCGAAUCGCGCGCAGUAAGUACAAAUCACGCAUUUAUCCGUAGUAAAAUACCAGGUGAUCUAAAAGGACUGGUACUAGUUGUCAAAUAUGAAUCCAUUUCUCGGUUGAAAGAACUUAAUAUCUCUUCAAAUUAACUUAAUUUCGUUUUCAAAUUUAUGUCAGAGCUAUAGUUCUUAUAACUAAACAUGAUCACAAAAUUUCGACUAGUUUCGUAAGGAAUAACAAAGGAUAUCAUCGAUUAAAUACUGCUGAAUGGAUUUCUAUUACGACAACUCUUCCGAGCGCGUAUUGGCUAAAAAUAUGAGCGUGAGAUCACCUGGUAGCAAUCACACAGACGUGAAAACCUCAUAGAAUUAGAUAAUCUUAAUACCGUAAUUAUUCAUAUUGUUUAUCCGUGUUUUUGAAUAUCAUUUCUGCCAUAACUGUGCGAGAAUAUCAAACCCAACCAAACAGAUACUUGUUAUGGGUAACAGUUUUCUGCCUGGUCCUUUUCACUGUCAAAUUCUCUCCUCUAAGUUUUGAGAAAUCAUCGCAUUUUAUUGUUUUUCACUGUUUAAGUUUCUCAUCCUUCAAGUUUUCAGAUUCGCCUAGGCCGGACUUCAAACUGACUGUCAAACGCGUUCUACAAAGUUUCAAAACGUCAUUGCAUAGUGUAUUUUUCUUUAAGACUCUCUAGUUCAGUCAUUCUUCAAGUUAAGAUUUCCAUGAGUAUUUUACGAAAUAUUUACCCUUGGACAGAGUUUGAUAGUGUAUUCGUGACCGAAGAAAAGCUGUAUCCAUUUGUACACGUCAGGUUGGCUGGAUCCUGCCGUCGGGGACAAAACGGGGGUUGGAUUGAGCCCACUGAUCGAGUAAUACACUGAAUGUAGCAACCGUAUACCGUUUAAACACGUAGCCAGAAUUAAUGAUCUUCUGGAGACCCUGAACUAAGGAAAAUACUAAUAUCGAGUGUCGCAGCAAUUUACGCUCCAGAAUUUCAUUCAUUUUGGCUUGGUUUUUGAUCGUUAUAGUCGCUCCGUUCAGUGUAUUAUGAGAUCAGUGAUCGGGCCUAACACGCGAGUUGUCAUAACUAGAAACGAACCAUUUGUCAGACCCAUAUUACCUCACACUGGGUCCUGGUAGCAACGUCUUGUAGACGUCUGCUUCAAAGUGACUUCCUCUGCAGGUUUCGGACGAGGUCGUGACAUCAUUGGUGAGUUUGGUUAGAGACUGAUCUACGUUGUUACUAGACUAUCCUGGACGUGGGACGGCUCCGUUAAGCCCUGCCCCUCGGUAAACCCGGAAACACUGUCGCGAAACACCGUUUUGUCUGAUUUCCAAGGCGGGAAAACCUUAGCAAGCAUCGAUCAGAAACAUAACUCAUUGUAAAUUAUUUUUGGUGGUAUAGUAAACAUUAUGGGCAGUAAUAUAUACGCCGAACUUGUGGGAAAAAACCACUCUUAGAAAACCGAAAACGUUUCUAAAUUCGAUAAAGCUGAAUUUGCUUCGUUUUUUAAACAGUUUUUUUCAGUUCCACAACAAUGUAUGAAUGUUUCAGCAACAGUGUUUCUAGUUUGCUCAGGGCUUUUAGAAAACCUAUAUUUAGGUCUAAUUGGCAUACGGACCGGUUGGGUAGUGACGUGUGGUGAUUAAUGGUCUGUGGUCUUGUUAAUUUAUUUGUAACAAUUGCUUUUUUGUAAUCCCUGGUUUAUUGGUUACUGCUUGUCUAAACAAGCGUUAUCGGCCAAAUUUGCUCAUAAAUAAAUUUUAUGCACACAAGCACUUGCAUUAAAAGUAGUUUAGAGAAUUAGUUGUGGAAGCAAAUAAAACAAAUUUCUCUUAUAGACAA